AUGGCUACCGCAUCAUCUUCAUCAUCGAGAGCGAGAACCAGGUCAAGCGGACCAGUUCUUCGCUCGCUCUCACCUUCCGGAAGGUUUUACACUGCCUCAAAUGCCUCCAUCUCAUCUUCCGCUUCGGGCUUUGCUUCGUCCACAAGCUCUAGCUUCUCAUCUCCGACCUCCGCCUUCUUCAGCCACCACAAGGACCACCACUACUACAAUCAGCAGAUCAACCACCACCAUCACCACCGAUCCUCUUCCCCGACACGUGUCAACCUGUACACCUCCUCCGCCCCUUCUCCAUCCGUCCGCUUCUCCAUCGACCACCGUUCGAUCUCUCCGAAUCACUCGAAUCGAUCCAUCACCGUUUCGAAGAAAAAUGGCCCGAUCUCGAUGCCUAAGAAGACCUGUAUGUGCUCGCCGACGUCGCAUCCGGGGUCGUUUCGCUGCAGCCUUCACAAGAACGUCGGCGGAGGUCACAACGCAGCUCCGUAUCCGACGAACAGGUUGAACAUGCGCAGAUCUGCUAUGACGAACUCGUUGGUUCGAAUCGGUGGAGUCGAAGGUGAGUGGGUGAAGCGAGCCCUGACCGCUCUGAUCCGCCCUUGCGCCCACCAGCAGAGGCGAAGAGCCGGCUUCCAGCCGAGGCCGAGCCGGCUCUCGGCCAUAAAGAUACAGGUCAGGUUGGUUAAUUUCCAGUCAUUUCUUCAUUUUUUUCCGAUCUUUGAACCCGGUGAGUCAACUCGGAGCCACGCAGCCCCGCCGCUAUCGAUCCGAGCAGAUCCGACGGUUUUAGCUGAGGUCAACUCAACUCAACUCGGGCGAGUCACGAAGCGGAGGCGCCGAGUCGAGCCGGCGAGUAUUGCGCUCUGGCAUUUGGGGUUAUCCGUUAUGUUUGCCGUUUCCGUCACCGUACGUUCCGUUCAGUUCCGUGUUAUGGGUUCCGUUGGCCGUCGUCAUCAUCGUUACCGUGUUCCGUUACGUGUUUUCCGUUCAGUCUGCCGUAGUGCUUUACAAGGUUGCGUUACUCUUUUUGCGAGGUGUGAAGUUAUUGACUAA